AUCCGAUGCAGUUGUUUGCAAGCGGUUCGUUUGCUCUCGUAGUCUUGCCGAAUACCGUUCCAUCGUAACGUUACGGUUGCCCUAUGCACGCUCUUUGCAACGUCCACAAAAUGUUUCGAGUCGAAAUCAUCCAAAGAAUUCGCCUCUGCGAUCAGCUGGCAAGGUAUUUGGUGGCGAAAGAAGUACGCAUCGGAGUAACUCCGAUGAAAUAACAUUACUGGAAGAAAAAUUAAGCCGCAGUCCCGUCGUUAUUGUUGUUAAUCUCAUCGUCGUCGUAGCAAACGACUCGCAGUCCGCAAUUCAUCACGUGGGUCAAGUGUAGUGAUUAUGGAUGUGUCGUUGGACUGCGAUAGUGGAAACUGUGGGAGACAGUAGCCCGCACCUCGUUCGACGUUAUUCGGCAAUCUGCUUUACAUUUUCCGUGCAGAAUUUGAACUAUUUCUCAAUUAAUAACCCAGACCAUGGCCUGUGUGAGCGAAUUUUCACGCUCACAGGAAUACCUUAGUUUUCGGAGCUCGAUUCCAUUAAGAAAGAUCGUCGUUGAUUCUGACGGUACCAAGGGCUGGAGGGUCUACGAUUCAGGUCCAAGAGCUAUCAGGUGUCCGUUAAUCUGUCUGCCUCCCGUUAGUGGUACCGCUGACAUUUAUUUCAAACAGAUUAUGGGCCUGGCCGCGAAGGGAUACAGAGUUAUCGCCGCGGAGUCACCGGUUUACUGGAGUGUCAAAGAAUGGUGCGAUGGGUUUAAGAAACUUCUCGAUUACAUGGAAUUAGACAAAGUGCACUUGUUUGGGGCGUCUCUUGGGGGCUUCCUGGUGCAAAAAUUUACCGAAGUCAAUUCUCACUGUCCAAGAGUCGUAUCCAUGAUACUCUGCAAUACGUUUACAGACACAUCGGUAUUUAGCUACAAUGAUUCAGCUGCCGUGUUUUGGAUACUGCCGUCUCUCGUCCUCAAGAAGAUGGUUAUGGGCAAUUUCGCCGCCCAAAAAUCUGAUCCGGAAAUCGUUGACGCGAUAGAUUUUAUGGUGGAAAGGCUGGAGAGCCUCACUCAACGAGAACUAGCUUCUCGGCUUACGAUGAACUGCGUCAGUUGUUACGUCCAGCCUCAAAAAAUAUCUCAUCUUCCCAUAACCAUAAUAGACGUGUUCGACGAGUACGCGUUGUCGAACAUUGUCAGAGAGGAAACUUACAAGUGUUAUCCGAACGCCAAGUUGGCACAUCUUAAAAGUGGCGGGAAUUUUCCAUACCUCAGUCGAGCACCGGAGGUUAAUUUGCACCUGCAGAUUCACCUCCGGCAGUUCAAGGACACGGAGUACGACGCAGCGGAGAGGUACAAGAUUUAAAACAUUCGUUUCACGGUAAUACUUCGGGCCGGGAAGUGGACUAAUUUCGUUCGGUGCAGUGGUUCGGACAAGUUGUCAUACGAUGCAUAAUCGAUCAGUUCUUGCUUUCUAAAAGUUUUUUCGUUCCUAUAGAUCUAAGAUGUUAUAAGUCAUUCCUCUAUUUUUACAAGAACUGUGGAACCACAGUUACAUAUUGAAUUAUGAGAUGGAUAUUAUACACGUACGUACAUAAAAUUAUUACGAUAUACAUACACACACCACAAAUAUAUUUGUUGAAUUAAUCGUAAGUUGGCAAAUAAGCGAAUAGUGGCGUAUACGUGAUUAUACUGAUUGCAGUGAAAGUGAUUUUAACCAAAGUGCUAUUCUUGUCAGAGAUUACGAAGAAAUAACCAUCGCAGGACAUUCGAGUGCUUUUUCGUUAGUUUCGUUAAUCGGUAUGAAAAUUUGUUUGUCAAAUUGUAUGGCACUUCGGAUGAUCGUAGUACAUACUUUCAAAACAAUUAGCUUCGCCAUGAGAUUUUUACAUCCUGUGUAUACUUCACGUGGAACGUGGCUUUAAUGAGCUAGGUGUAUUUCGUAUACCUAUAUCGUAAAUAAACAAUUUUGUACAGUAGCCGUUGUGAAAAAUAUAGUUUUCCAUCGCUA